CAAGCGUGCGUGUGGACGACAGCGCGGACGUCGUAUUGUCAGGCGAAGGCCUCAACAGCCGCUGAAAAUAAGAUUCAUAUUAUUUUAUCCAGAUCAUAGUCAGUUGAGUAGACUAACCAUCUGUUGCUAUUCGAAACGUUUUUAGUGUAUUAUUUUAACUUUUAAGAACUUAUCAACAACUAAACAUGCCAAGAGGUGGUAAGAAGGGCCAUAAAGGCCGCGGAAAGCAAUUCAGUAACCCCGAGGAGAUUGACCGACAGAUGAAGGCUCAGAGAGAGAAGGAGGCAAAUGAAGGGAUAGAAAAAGAGAGCGGCUCAGAAUCUGAUGAGGAGACGAGCAGUAGUGAUGACGACGUGUCGUCCAAGAGGAAAGGAGUGGAGGGUCUGAUUGAGAUUGAGAAUCCCAAUCGUGUCUCUCAGAAGAGCAAGAAAGUCGCCGAAGUGGACGUCAAUACACCAAGGGAACUCUCACGCCGUGAACGGGAGGAGAUCGAGAAGCAGCAAGCCAAAGAACGCUACAUGAAGCUGCACCUUGAGGGCAAGACGGAUCAGGCCAGAGCUGACCUUGCUAGGUUAGCCAUUAUCAAAAAGCAGAGAGAAGAUGCAGCUAAGAAGAGGGAGGAGCAGAAGAAAGUUAAAGAUGAGGAGUCAACAAAGUCCAAGCGCUAGCAUCAUUAGCCCUAAUGCUGCAGGCUGAGGCUGCCUGGGCUGGACUGCUUUAUGGGGGAAAGGGUGGGGAGGGAACCAGUAUCUAAGGAGGGAGACAGCUCAGGGUUGCCCACACAUCCCUUACCCAUCAUACCCCUCCACCUGUGAGCAGAGUGGCUGGGGCGAGAGGGAAGGGGGAGUGGGGGUGGUCUUUUUUUCCAGGAGUCCUGAAGGGAGUGAGGAGUCAGGUUUGGAUCACAUGUGGUGCAGGAGGGGGUGAUCGAGCUGGUGGGGGCGGUAACACCAUUCCGCCGUCCGGCCGGUUCUGAAGGUGCCCUCAUGUAGAUCUUGCCCUGACUCUUGACUGUGUUCUGAUUCUGUAGCUGCUUGGGAGUUCAUCCUUGGUUUUUAAAUUGUUUUCUUUUUCAUGACACAAAAAAAGCGGUUUACGUCAGGUCGGGGUAGGGACAUCUUACAAGGACAGGGUCUUGACUCUUCAGUUGCGAGGCUCACUAAGGUAAAACAACAGUAUCAACGGGUCUUUUGAAAGUUGAACAGAACACUAUAGCAUAGUAGAAUCUCUUCCUGUCAUGUUCUGGCCUUUUUCAUCCACCUUAUGUGUCUUUUGUCUCCUCAUCAACGCUCAAGCUCACCAAUCUAAAAAGUUUAAGCAAUUAAGUUUGUAUGCAAUUUGAAAGUGAUCGGAUCGUAAAAGCUCUAACAGCUCUGAUGGCCCGCAACACUCCUCUGCAACUAGUUUGCCUCAGGGUGCUGAAUUUUUACCUCAUUGCACUUAAUAUAAUAUUUUUUUUUCAAUGAGUUGCCAAUCAGAAACGGUCCUGUCACGAGAGUUAAUAAAAGUAUCGGAAGUGUAUAGCUUCUCGGCCUUUUGGCUAAGAUCAAGUGUAGUCAGAUGGUGAGGUUGAUGCUUAGACUGAGCUGUUGAGUAGUACUAGAAUUCUGAAGACCUGUCACUGUAUUAUCUCAGGUAGGUCCAAGAUCUUGUUUCAGUAAUAAGUCAUGCCAACAGAGACAAUUGGGAUGUGUAUUGUUGGGUUCAGGCAAGAAUAUAUGGAGAAGAGAACAUUGAGGCAGGAUAUUUAAAUUGAACAUAAUUCAUGAAGUGUCUACACCUGUGUUAAAAUGGUAUUGACCGAAUAGACAAAACCCUAAUGGCCGCUUUGUUUAUGUUUCAAGGUUAUUGGUAAACACAGGGCCGGUGGCAUUGCAUUACCUCCUCACUGUCAAUCACCCAGUAAACAACAUUGUUGGUGUGACCUAGCUGGAAUUACUUACGAACAGGGUUUACCUGAACCAUUCAUUUAGUCACUGUUCAGGAAUGCAAUAGUUAGCGGCCCAUUGUAACGGGACAAAUGUUUGAAGCGCCGGUUUCAUGUUCCUGUUGUGCAUUCCUUUGUUUCUUUGUUAUGUGCUUGUCUGGAAAUGGAACCGUUAUUGUUUUGUUGCCUUUGGAAGUCUCUGAGGACCAAUUCACUGUUUGUCUCUACCCUUGUCAUUCACAUAGUAUACUUAUGCCUGUACAUUUGGUGGGACCUUCAAUGCCUUGAACAAUGAGGAAAGCAAUAUUCCCUUAAUCUACCCAGUUAUUACUUUGGAGAAUAUACAUAUAUAUACAGGACAAAGUGUUAUAAAGAACAUUUAUAAAGAACUCAAGGACUGAAUUGUAUACAAGAACUGUUGGGAAUUGUAAGAAUUGUAAUCUUUUGGUCAAUAUGUUGUAUAGAAAUAAAUCGGAGAACUCAUUCCAAAAGA